CCACUACAAAAUCAAAACAAGGAAGUCAUUUGAGGAGGAGGAAUUUGCUAUGUCAAAAAAGAAACAAAAUAAAACCACAACAUUUACGCCAGCACAGAAACAGAAGGACAUACAUGCAACACAAGAAAACAUGAAAUAUCUAGACAGUUUUACGAUAUUUUAUUUAUCCAGUGUUGCUUUGAUUGUAGCUAUAAGUGUAGUGCCAUUAACAGCAGAAAUGUCCAGCAGAUCUAACUUUCAACAUCAGAAACACCGUCCACUUAAAAUGGAUGAGGCAUUACUGACAGUCAGCAAUGAGCUGACCACUGAUGUAAUCGUUAGUUGGACUUCUCAGGAAUGUUACCAAUGUCUAUAUCAACAGCUUGGAGUGGUAUCUGCAUCGCUCCAUCCUGGCCAACCUAAUUCAUCACAUUUUGUUGUGAAUACACAGCAUGGACUUACAGUAAUGCUUAAUACGACUUCAGCCAAGCAGCUUUGCAAUGCAAUCACUUUUCACUUUGGAGAGCAUGGAAAUUACUCCCUUUGGAUAAAAAAUCCGAACAAUAGGUCAGAAGCCGACUGCACCAUAGUGACAGAUGGAGAACCGGUGAACAGUUACACUCCAAUCCUAAUAGCGUUUUUUGUCCUUUCUGGAUUGGCAUUACUUUUUGCUGUAGGAAGAACAGUGUUUGGACUCGAGACAGUGAGAAGAGUAUACUUUCAGCUGACAGGUUCUAUGGAAACUGAGCGGUUGAUCAACUCUGAACUUGGCUCUCCUGGCAGGACGGUUACUACAGCCACUGACAACAUCUUACCUCCUCCUCCCAACCCUAACAAGAGAUUGCGAUCACUAGAUACUUUCAGAGGUAUAUCGUUAACUGUUAUGGUAUUUGUGAACUAUGGAGGAGGGAGAUAUUGGUUCUUCAGGCAUUCAAGCUGGAAUGGUCUUACUGUUGCUGAUCUAGUUUUUCCUUGGUUUGUAUUUAUCAUGGGGACAUCUAUUGCCCUGUCAGUCAACAUGCUGCUGCGUUCAGGUGCCACUCGUUCCUCUCUACUGAAGAAGGUGGUGUGGAGGACCUUGUUGCUCUUUGGAAUUGGGAUUGUCAUCAUCAACCCAAAUUACUGCCAAGGACCUUUGUCCUGGGAUAACCUGAGAAUUCCAGGCGUUUUGCAGCGUCUGGCCUGGUCAUAUCUGGUGGUGGCAUGUUUGGAUUUAUUAGUAGCAAGAGCCCACCUCGACAUAAUUACUACGGAUACUUGGUGGUCACCUAUUCUCGAUAUCUUGCUUUACUGGCCAUCCUGGCUUUGUGUGGUCCUUCUAGAAGUGUUAUGGCUUUGCCUUACUUUUCUACUUCCUGUUCCUGACUGCCCCACGGGUUAUCUGGGUCCAGGAGGAAUAGGGGACAUGGGUCUGUAUGCUAACUGCACUGGAGGAGCUGCUGGAUAUAUUGACCGCUGGCUGCUGGGAGCGAAACACAUCUAUCAAACUCCCUCUUCACGGGUUAUCUAUGCAACACAUAUGCCAUUUGAUCCUGAAGGUGUUCUGGGCAGCAUAAACUCAAUAGUCAUGGCUUAUCUUGGAUUACAGGCAGGCAAAAUAAUUCUGCAUUACAGAGAUCUACACAGAAGCAUAAUGUCAAGGUUUCUUAUAUGGGGGUUGUUCUUGGGAGUCAUAUCAGCAAUACUCACGAGAUGUUCCAAAGACCAGGGAUAUAUUCCUGUCAAUAAGAAUCUAUGGUCCCUGUCCUAUGUGACUACUUUGGCCUGUUUUGCCUUUGUGCUGCUAGUGCUCAUCUACUAUAUUAUAGACGUGAAAAAGUGGUGGUCUGGUGCACCUUUCUACUACCCUGGUAUGAACUCCAUUCUCGUGUAUGUGGGUCAUGAAGUCUUUGAGGAAUACUUUCCCUUCCGUUGGCAAAUGGUCAACAGCCAAUCUCAUUUGGAACAUCUCAUACAAAAUGUUGUGGCCACAUCAUGUUGGGUCUUUAUCUCCUAUAUAUUGUAUAGGAAAAAGAUCUUCUGGAAAAUAUAACCAUGAAAGCAACUUUAAAUCACCAUGUUUACAAUGGCAUUGUUAAAAAAAAAUGCACAUACCCUUUUCUUACUCUGCGGGGAUACAAGUACAGUAUUUUCUUGAGACUUUACGGAUUUUGACUUGUUAAGAAACUGAAUUCUCACUCAGGAAAAAAUAUGAUACAUGUUUAAGUCAUUAUUUGUCUUUGUGGAAAGUAUCUUUCUCAUAUUAUCAUCUUGUAUAUUAAGAAUCAUACAUUUUCAGAUUUAUUGUAAAACUCAUGGAACCCCUCUUUUUUAUGUCACGAGUGCCAUAUAAUGCAAUAGCACUUACUUUAAAGUAGUAUCCAAAUGCUGAUAUAUUUUUUACUCUGUAAAUCUGUACAUUUAUGUAAUUUUAUACAGUUUUAAUUGUUACUGUUAUAUGCUGCUGUCCAUAAUUAAAGGACACCUUGAUGUA